AUAAAGCAAGUAAACCUUGAGUGAGCAAGUAAACCUUGAGUGAGCAAGUAAUCAGAUUAAGAGCAGAAGAAAGUCUGUAGUUGCUAGUUUUAGAGAGAAGAAGAAGGAAAAAAAAAUGGAGAUUGAGGAAGUGAGCAACUAUGAGGCGCUGCCCCUUCUAACCUUGAAUCAUGUUUCUUUGUUGUGUAGAUCACUGUGGGCUUCUAGGAGGUUCUAUCAGGAUGUUUUGGGCUUUGUUCUCAUCAAACGACCGUCUUCUUUCAAUUUCAAUGGAGCUUGGUUGUACAAUUAUGGCAUUGGGAUACACUUGAUUGAGAACCCAGCCAUCGCCAUUGUUGAACCUCGUCCAAUUAAUCCCAAGGACAAUCACAUCUCCUUCCAGUGUACUGAUGUUGGACUUGUUAAGAUGAGGCUGCAAGAAAAGGGAAUGAGGUAUGUGACAGCAGUGGUGGAAGAUGAUGGGAACAGGGUGGAUCAGGUUUUCUUUCAUGACCCAGAUGGAUACAUGAUCGAAAUCUGCAACUGUGAGAACAUUCCAAUUAUUCCACUCUCCUCCUGCUCAUUCAAACCUAGAAAUAUGGGAAGCUUCAGGACAGCUACACCCAACAAAUGUGGGUUUAUGGAGAAUGUGAUGAUGGAGAGCUUGAGCAUGGACAUGAUGAACAUUUCUUUUUGAUCAGCUCCAAGAUUUGGGAGGGAAAAAAAAGCUUUCCAAUUUCUUUUGUUGCUUUAACAAAAAUUAAAUUCCAUUUACAGGGUCUUUUUAUAUAUUUAUAUAUGACAAUGGGGUAAUCAAUAUAUAGUUGUAUUUUUGAUCAUGUAGGUGUUUAAUAAUAAGAUUGUAGGAAAGAAUUAGAUACAUGAGUUGGGUUUUGGCUCUGUUAAAAUACCACAUGUGGCAUUUCGAUUUCUGUCAAAGUGAAAGCAUGUUUGUAUCUUUUUACUGUUUAUUCAAUAGAAUAGAAUUCCUGCAAUUUGUUUUGUGUU